AUGGAUGCGGGUAAGGAUUAUAUUGGGCCAUGGCUGUGUAUUGGUGACUUUAAUAUGAUUUUAUCUCAAUCUGAAAAAUACGGUGGACGACCUUAUGCAUGCUCCUCUAAUGACCCAUUCCAUAGUUUUCUGGAUUCUUUUGGUAUGAUUGAUCUAGGGUUCUCUGGUAAUCCUUUCACUUGGUCUAAUAAACGACAAGGUCAUAGACUUAUUAAGGAGCGUCUUGAUCGAGGAAUUGCAAAUUCUCACUGGAUUCAUCUAUUUCCUCACUUCUCUGUUCAGCAUCUCCCUGCGUAUUCUUCUGAUCACAAUCCAAUCAUCUUGGAUACAGCUCCUUCAAAUUUAUUCUUACCUAGACCUUUUAGGUUUGAAGAAUUUUGGACCUAUGAUUCUUCUUGUGGUUCGCAACUUGAUUUCAUUCAGCAGUCUGUUCCUUCUUCUCAAUCUCGUGACUUAGAAGAAAAUUUUCAGAAAACUCUGGAUGAUCUGCUUAUUCAAGAAGAAUCUCUGUGGAUGAAUAAAUCUAGAGAACUUUGGCUUACUUGUAAAGAUUUGAACACGAAGUUCUUCCAUACUUCAACUAUUAUCAAAAGACGGAGGAAUGCUAUUGACUUCUUAAAAAUGCCUUCUGGGAACUGGACUGCCGAUAGAUCUGAUAUUGGUAAUUGCUUUACCUCUCAUUUCAAGAAUUUAUUUUCAUCUUCUGUUCCUACCUUAGAUGAAGAUUUAUUAUCUUUGUUUGAUAAUUGUAUCUCUCCUGAGGAAAAUGAUACUAUCUGUGCUAUUCCUUCGGAAGAAGAGAUUUUCUCUAUCUUAUCCAGUAUUGGUUCCACAAAAGCUCCUGGCCCUGCUGGGUUUACUGCACUCUUUUAUAAGAAAUAUUGGAGCACGGUGAAAGAUGUAGUGCUUGCAAGCAUAUGGGAUUUUUUUGGGAAAAACCAUCUCCUAAAACAACAAAAUCACACUUUUAUUGCUCUCAUUCCCAAACGAUUGGAGGCAUCUUCUGUGGAUCAAUUUAGACCUAUUAGCUUGUGUAAUAUUAUCUACAAGAUCAUCUCCAAGCUCCUAGCCAAUCGGUUCAAAGGUUUGCUUCAUCUCUUCAUUUCUCCUUAUCAAUCUGCCUUUGUUCCUUCUAGGAAUAUUCAAGAUAAUACUAUUUUGGCUCAUGAACUUCUCUACUCUCUCAACUCUAAGAAAGGGCGAGGUGGACUUAUGGCUAUAAAAAUUGAUAUGGAAAAAGCCUUUGAUCGAAUGGAAUGGAAAUUUCUUCUAGAUAUUCUAGCAAAGCUUGGGUUUAAUUCUACUUGGAUCAACUGGAUUCGAAUCUGCAUUACUUCUCCCUCAUUCUCCAUUCUCAUCAAUGGAAGCCCAUUUGGUCUUUUCAGCCCAGCCAGAGGGCUUCGUCAAGGGGACCCCUUAUCCCCCUUUUUAUUUAUUCUUGGCACAGAAGUCAUCUCUCGGCUUCUCCUUCGCCAAGAAUCUCAUGAUCUUCUUAAAGGAAUCAAAAUUGCUCGUAAUUGCUCCCCAAUUACGCAUCUCUUGUUUGCGGAUGAUCUUAUUGUUUUUGCUAAAGCCACUUCUGCAGAAGCAGUUAUUAUCAAAUCAUGCUUGGAUAAAUACUGCCUUUGGUCUGGACAGGCUAUCAAUAGUUCUAAAUCUUCGGUCCACUUUAGCAAAAACACUGCUGCCUCCACUAUCACCAGUAUCCAGGGAAUAUUCCCAUACAAAUCGGCUUCGGCUACUUCUAAAUACCUUGGUCUUCCUCUCUUCUUUGGUAGAUCCAAAAAGGCAGCUUUUCAGGAUAUCUUAGAUAAAGUUUCUGGCAAGAUAGAGGGUUGGCGAGCUAAAACUUUGUCUCAAGCUGGACGCUCAGUGCUAAUUAAAUCGAUUGCAGCUACAAUUCCUUCUUAUGCUAUGAGCACUUUUCUUCUUCCUGCCUCUUUGUCUGCUUCCCUUGAUAGGUCUUUCAAAAACUUUUGGUGGGGGUUUCCAAAGGAUAAAGCAAAAAAUCUCUCAUUGAAAUCAUGGAGCUCUAUUUGUCUUCCAAAAAAUGUAGGAGGUCUUGGAUUUCGUCGUAUGCAUGCUUUUAAUUUGUCUCUAUUAGCCAAGCUGGGAUGGAAAUUGCUCUCAAACUCUGAUUGUCUCUGGGUAAAGCAACUUCAGAAUAAAUAUAUCAAGUAUGGGAAUUUUGUUUCCUCCCCCAAUCCCUCUUCUGCCUCCUGGUUCUGGAAAGGUAUUCAAAAAAUUAAACCGUAUAUUUCAGUGGGAGCUUGUUUAAAGGUUUCAAGGUCAUCUUCCAAUUCUAUCUGGUCUUCAAAUUGGAUCCCUACUAUUCCUUCUUUCAAGCCUAUGCCCAAAUUCCCCAACAAUCGCAAUCUGCCAUCUCUUCAAAUUAAGGAUCUUAUUAAUCCUUUUUCCUGUAAUUGGAAGUUUUCUUCCAUUCAUGCUUUGUUUGAUCCUGUUUCAGCUCAUGAAAUUCUUAAAAUUCGCAUUUCAUCAGAUCCCGAGACAAAGUAUAUAUGGACUCCUUCCACUUCAGGAUGUUUCUCGACUUCAUCAGCCUAUCAUUUUAUUUCUGACUGCUUUUCCAAUAUAGAUCCUUCCUCUAUUUGUUGGAAAUCUUUAUGGAAGCUUAAUAUCAAUGACAGGCUCCAAUUGUUUUUGUGGAAAAUAGCUUGGAAUAUUCUUCCGACUAAGGAGAGAUUAAGUCAAUUGUUUCCUUCCAUUGCUGAUACUUCUUGUCCUCUUUGUAAAGUGGCCACAGAUUCCAUGCAUCAUUUAUUUUUCAAAUGUGUUUUUGCUCGUGUUGUCUGGCGAAAUUCUUUCUGGCCUUUGGACUCGACAGCUUUCAAUUUCUCUUCAAUGGAGGAAUGGAUAAAUUUGAUUAUUUCUCCAGGCAGAUAUCUCGGUAUCCCUAGAGAGGACUGUCAUAAGUUCCAAAUCUUUGCCUCUGUGGCAUGUGACAUCUUAUGGUUCUACAGAAACAAAGCUUUUCAUGACAAUUCUGUCUUUGAUGUUCGUAAUGUCUCAGCUCAUAUUAAUAAAAUCUCACUCGAGCAUUAUCAAGCUUGGCAUCCAGAUACACAGGUUUCAACAGAAAAUUGGAUUACCCCUCCAAAUCUCUGGUUCAAGAUUAAUUUUGAUACUGUCAUCCGGGACUCUUUCUCAUGUCAGGCAGCAGUUUGUCGUGAUUCUAAAGGCCAUAUUAUUGCAAUGAUCUCCCAGAUCAGUCCAUCAUGCUCUCCAAAUUUGGGAGAAGCCUUGGCAGCCCGUCUUGCGGUUUCCUUAGCAUCUUCGCUUCGUCUUGAUCGUUUUAUACUAGAAGGAGAUUCUGAAGUGGUUAUUCUAGCUCUUCGUCAUUUAGAUUCUUCUCCAGACUGGAGUAUCUCUUCUGUCAUCUCUGAUAUUUUAGACUCUAUUCCCUUUGCUUCCUCUUGGGAAGCUAGAAAGGUUCACCGAAGUGCAAACUUCAGUGCCGACUAUUUGGCACGUUGGGUCGCAGCCAGAUCUCACUCUGGCAGCAUUCCCUUUUCCUCUUCCCCUUUCAAUUCUUCUACGAUUGUUAGCGGAGAGGAACAUAAUCUUUCUGUUUGUUUGUUGUAG